UUUUCAUAGGCUCCAGGAUGAAUACUAAGUACUCAUUGCUUCCUGGGCUCCCUCUAGCCCACUGUAACCGAGGGAGGUUUUCACCACUAUCCCUUAAAGCUGGCUGGACACACGUUACCACUUCAAGUUAUGAAGGAUGUUUUUUAGGUGCCCAGAUUAUCAAAAUACAUGAACAGUGAAGACUGCUUCCUGGGUUCUGUUGCUCUAUUAAGAGAUCAGAAAUGCCAUCUGGUUGAAAAGCCUCCAUUCUAUGGGAACACUUUUCCCAUUCACAGCAGCUAAUCUCUGUUGUAGUUUUCAGCUCCUAGAGAGCCUUCCCAAAAUGUGCUCCUCACCGUCUCUUCCUAUUUAUUUUUAAAACUUUAUCUAAGUGAUCUCUAUACCCCGCAUGAGGCUUGGACGCACAACCCUGAAAUCAAGAGUCACAUGCUCUUCUGACUGAGCCAGCCGGGAGCCCCCAUCUCUUCCUAUAUAGAAGUGUACAGAAGGCUUCCUAUUUAGGACCUGCAUCUAAUAUUUCCUCCUCCUAUGUUUAAGUGGUCAAGUGUUGGAGCUCCUGUCAGACUUCCUGAGUUCAAAUGCCAGUUCUUCCACUUACUGGUUGUGUGACCUGGGGCAAAUUUAACCCCCCUAUUUCAGUUUCCUCAUUUGCAAAAUGAAAAUAAUACCAACUUCAUGCAGUGCUUGUGAGAAUUAAUAAGGUGAUAUAGGUAAAAUACUUGAGCUCAGUGCCUGGCAUUACUUGAACACUCAGUAUUUGCUCUUACCUCCUGUAUGAACUAACCACAAUUAACUGGCAAUUGUAAUAGUGUUAUUUUCCUAUUUCUCAGCUUCAUUGUUCUCUUUCAUUUGAAACUGACGGAUGAAAGUUAAAUGCUUGCCAUCACCUAGAAUUGGGUUUUGGCCUUCAAGGGAACCUGAGGCUUGGCUAGGUUAUUAGCUUUGGAGGCUGGCCUGUAAAUUACUGCUCUAAUUUAUAUUUUUCAUUAAAAGCUCAGCUUGCCUCUUCUUCUAUAGUGGUCUUUCCUGGCCCUGAAACCCUAGUGUUUAGCCAUAAAACAAGGUUUUAAAAUUAAGAGGCCAUAAUUCUCUCAACUCCCCACAAUGUGUGGAUUAAUGGAAUUAAUGAUAAGAAGGUGCACAGAAUAUUAUUUUUAACAAAAGCAAAGACCUGACCCUAUUACCUUUGAAACACAAAUCAGGGAGAUACUGUGAUGAAGUGUAGUGUAUUUCUUUAUGUAUGUGUAGAACUUGACAAAAAAACGCUGGGUGUCAGGAAAUCUGGGUCCUAGGCUCUUCACUGCCACCAAGAUGCUAUGACCUCUAAUUAACCCUCCACAUGUUGGCUUUGUGAGUUUUGCAGGGUUGAACAUGAGGUAAAUAAGUGCCUAGUAUUCUGCCUGGCACCCAGAACCGCCCCCCAAAUGAUAGAUGUUACGUAGUAGCUCACUGAACAUGUAUCCCAUUAGGGUAAUGAAAAUGGAUACAUUUGGCCGCCAGAAGGGGCAACCACAUCUCUGCACCUCCCGUGGAAAGAAGGGCGUGGAAACAGAGUCGCGUGAGCUAAGACUACAACUCCCGCUGCCCUUUGCGGCAAGCCUGGUUCGCCUUACCCAGAAUCGCUCCCUCCGCAACCUUGCGUCUUUCCGCGGAGGCCCCGGAUGUAGAAGCCCUCUUAGUUCAGUGGGCGUGGCUUUACAAUGGCUCGGAGACCUGGGGCUCUCUUAUUGGUUGUGGUUCUUCCGACCGGAUUGGACGCGAAGGAGGGGGCGUUGGCCAAGGCGCGCGGUGCUCUAGCGACAGCCAAUCAGAAACCUGGUCGGCCUUUGGCGGGAGGCGGUAAAGCUGAGGCUUUGCAGAUUUGGCGCGAGCGCGGCUGGGCUUUACUGACGCUGGUGUGUGGUUUAUUCGGUAGCUUGACCUGAAGAAUCCCUGAAGCCGUGUGCGAGACACGUGAGGAAGAGCCGGUACUGAGGUGACUCAGCCUUGUGAGGUGGAGAGCAGAGGCUUGCUCGGGGAGGCCCUGGGUCUGGGAGGCUGCGGAGUUGGGAGAAAGGCUAUGGCAAGGGCCGCUGCCUCCCUUGAGGCCCGAGGUGAAGUGAGGGGAGAAGAGCUCAGAUCGCCGGAGGUCUGAGGUCGGGCCGUGUUGCCAUCAUGCCUCAAACCCGAUCCCAGUCACAGGCUACAAUCAGUUUUCCAAAAAAGAAGCUGUCUCGGACAUUGGACAAAGCUAAAAACUCUGCUGACACCAAACUAGAACUGACCUGUGUCCAGGCCACCCACCGUUCUAAUGUAAAAAUUCUGCCUCUCAGCCCCAGAAAACGUCUGGGUGAUGACAAUCUGUGUAACACUCCCCAUUUACCACCCUGUUCUCCACCAAAGCAAGGCAAGAAAGAGAAUGGCCCCCCUUGCUCACGUUCACCUAAGGGGCGCAGAUUGGUAUUUGACAAUCAGCUGACAACUAAGUCUCCUAGCCAAAGAGAACAAGCCAGAGCUCCCCAAAACAAAAUCCAUUCCUCAGUUCGAAAAGGUCAAGAGAUCACAACAAAUUCUGAGCAGAGAUGUCCACUGGAGAAAGAAUCUGCAUGUGUGAGACUGUUCAAGCAAGAAGGCACUUGCUACCAGCAAGCAAAGCUGGUCCUGAAUACAGCUGUCCCGGAUCGGCUGCCUGCCAGGGAAAAGGAGAUGAAUGUCAUCAGGAAUUUCCUGAGGGAGCACAUCUGUGGGAAAAAAGCUGGAAGCCUUUAUCUUUCUGGUGCUCCUGGAACUGGAAAAACAGCCUGCUUAAGCCGAAUUCUGCAAGACCUCAAGAAGGAACUGAAAGGCUUUAAAACUAUCAUGCUAAACUGCAUGUCCUUGAGGAGUGCCCAGGCUGUAUUCCCAGCUAUUGCUCAGGAGAUUUGUCAGGAAGAAGUAUCCAGGCCAGCUGGGAAGGACAUGAUGAAGAAACUGGAAAACCAUAUGACUGCAGAGAAGGGCCCCAUGAUUGUGUUGGUGCUGGACGAGGUGGAUCAGUUGGACAGCAAAGGGCAGGAUGUAUUGUACACACUGUUCGAAUGGCCAUGGCUAAGCAAUUCUCGAUUGGUGCUGAUUGGUAUUGCUAAUACCCUGGAUCUCACGGACAGAGUUCUACCGAGGCUUCAAGCUAGAGAAAAAUGUAAGCCUCAGCUGUUGAACUUCCCACCUUAUACCAAAAAUCAGAUAGCCACUAUCUUGCAGGAUCGGCUUGAUCUGGUAUCUAGAGCUCAGGUUCUGGACAAUGCUGCAAUUCAGUUCUGUGCCCGAAAAGUCUCUGCUCUUUCAGGAGAUGUUCGAAAAGCGCUAGAUGUUUGCAGGAGAGCUAUUGAAAUUGUAGAGUCGGAUGUCAAAAGCCAGACUGUCCUCAAACCGCUGUCUGAAUGCAAAUCACCCUCUGAGUCACUGGUUCCCAAGCGGGUUGGUCUUAUUCACAUAUCCCAAGUCAUCUCAGAAGUUGAUGGUAACAGAAUGACUUUGAGCAAAGAAGGAGCACAAGAUUUCUUCCCUCUUCAGCAGAAGAUCUUGGUCUGCUCUUUGCUGCUCUUGACCCGGCAGCUGAAAAUCAAAGAGGUCACUCUGGGGAAGUUAUACGAAGCCUAUAGUAACGUCUGUCGCAAACAGCAGGUGGCAGCUGUGGACCAGUCAGAGUGUUUGUCACUUUCAGGGCUCCUGGAGGCCAGGGGCAUUUUAGGAUUAAAGAAAAACAAGGAAACCCGUUUCACAAAGGUGUCUUUGAAGAUUGAAGAGAAGGAAGUAGAGCAUGCUCUAAAAGACAAAGCUUUAAUUGGAAAUAUCUUAGCUACUGGAUUGCCUUAAAUUCUUUUCUUUUAUACUAAUAUGCUACCCGAAAGUAUCCAGCUGGCGUUUAGAGAGCUCUGGAGUCUUCAUUUUAGUACUUUAUCCAUUCAGUGCCACAGGACAUGGCCCCCCCAGCCGCCUAGCCAGGGCCCAUCUAGGAGAGGCAUCCUCUUCGGUGUCCUGAAGGCCAGCUCUGGACCUGCCCAGAAAAGUGACAGAUUACAGAACUGCUUGACCAAAGGACCAGCUCUUGGGGCGUCCCCCAACCCACCCGGCCCCCAGCUAGAGUGGGGGAUCCAGGAGUGUGAGAUUAGCCUGUGGCCUUGGACAGCAGCUCCGGGACAGAAGGGGG